AAGGCAUCCACAUCACCAAGUCGCGCCAAAAUACUGUCCCUUCCUCCCCCGGCUCGCCUUCAUUCGUUUCUACCAGCUGCCAGGUUAAAUAGAUUAAAAGGAAUUCCUCUUAUUCAAAGGUGUGCACAAGAGAGGAUAUUUUGGGAUCAGCCUGGAAUAACUCAGCAGAAGCUAAUUGACGCUAGUUUGCUCUGUGGAGUGGAGCAGCACAAAGAGUCACUCAGUGGGUCAGACCCCCCAGCAGCAUCCCCUCGCCGCCAUGUCACUUCGCCUCCUGCCUGCCAUCAUAAUGGACAACGAUGACGACGACGACGGCAACUUCACCAAGUGGAUGAGCAGCUACUGGGGUCACGGGGCGGAAGGCGGACAGUCCCGGGACAGGAAGCGCAGCUUUAAAAGACCCGCACAGACCAAAGUGGACCGAAGAGCAUCACUUCCCACCGUGUCACAAUUAGACGCCAUGAAGCUGAACCGGCUGCACGCGGCCACGAUGGCGCCAGCCCCCAGCCACCUGAAGAGCAGGGAGGAAAAGGGUGAGGUCAGGCCCCACCAGAGAGCUCGCAGGGCCUCCUCGGAUGGCAACGGACGGCCCAAGUCGGCCGCCCCGGAGAACCGCAUCUGCACCAUCCCGGAACUGACGGAAUCCUUUGAGAAGAGACUCUGUCUGCGGGAUAAACGCACAAUAUCUCUGAACGAUGAUGACAAGGUGUGUGUGGUCUGCCAUGAGAACAUGUGCAAAAGUGGAGGAGCGGUUCAAGAACUGCACUGUGCACACGCGUUCCAUAAGGAGUGUCGACCACGCAGCAGCAGCAACAGCAGUGAGGCGGCGGCGGCGUGCCUGGUGCAAAGACUCUUGAGCGGGAGGAGGAGGUCGGCGGACGAGCCCAUCACCACGGAGGAGCAGCAGCACACGUUCCGCCGCCAGCUGUCCCUGCGGAGACAUCGCUGAUGUCACUAUGUGGGAGGUGUCGACACUAUUUUGGGGCCACCUCCUGGACUCUUGUUGAUAUAUAAUAUAUGUUAUUUCAUGACACUCUCAUUUUUACGACUAAUAUUAGGGCCACAUUGAAAAAAAAAAAGAGAUCUUGAGCAUAAGGUGGUAAAUUUAUGCGAAUAAAGUCAUAAAUUUAUGAGAAAAAAAGUCGUAAUAUUACAAGAAUAAUGUCGUAAAUUUAAGACAAAGUCGUAACUUUUCAGAAAAAGAUUCGUAAUAUUACAAGAAUAAAGUCGUAAAUUUACAAGAAUAGGGGCCACACGGUGGUCUAGUGGUUAGCACGUUGGCCAAUACAGGAACAGCCUGGAGAUCGGGAAGACCUGGGUUCGAUUCUCUCCUGUGUGGAGUUUGCAUGUUCUCCCCGUGUGCGCGUGGGUUUUCUCCGGGCACUCCGGCUUCCUCCCACAUUCCCAAAAACAUGCAGGUGAGGUUAAUUGGCGACUCUAAAUUGUCCAUAGGUAUGAAUGUGAGUGUGAAUGGUUGUUUGUCUAUAAUAUUACGAUUGGCUGGCGACCAGUCCAGGGUGUACCCCGCCUGUCGCCCGAAGUCAGCUGGGAUAGGGUCCAGCAUGCCCCCGCGACCCUAAUGAGGAUGAAGCGGUAUAGAAAAUGGAUGGAUGGAUGGAUUUACAAGAAUAAAGUCAGUCGUUAUAUAAUGUGUCAUCGUGUCAUACGUGCUAGAGGGAAAAUAGAGCAUAGCUCUUCAGGAAGGAAGGAAACUUCAGGCAAGCUUUUAUUUAUAACGUGGCAGCAAAACAGAGUAGUUGAGCACAAACAGAUUAGCAUGUCUAGCCCUUCUCACUUCCGCCUUCCUUACCCUGCCCCCUCCACAUGCCCAAGGCAAAGGUCACAUAAACCUCCCCUUCUCAUAACUGUUUCAGGCAAUGCUUGUUAUGACGGAGUAUUAAAAUAAUCUGAGAUUUUGAGAAUAAAGUCAUAAAUUUACCAGAAUAAAGUUGUAAAUUUACGAGAAAAAACUUGUAACUUUGUUGCAGGCAUUGCAUUGCUGGCACGUUAUAAAUAAAAGCUUGCCUGAAGUUCCCUUCCUUCCUGAAGAGCUCUGGUCUAUUUGCCCUCUGACACGUAUGACACGAUGACACGUAGUCUUAUGAUUUUAUUCUAGUAAAUGUAUUACUUUUCUUCUCCUCAAUUUACGUCUUUAUUCUCCUAAUAUUAUGGCUUUUUUUCUUGUAAAUUUUCGACUUUCUUCUCAUAAAUGUACAUUUUGGAUUAUUAUUUGGGCUGUUUUUUUUCUUCGGACUGAGGUUAUGUUGAAUGUUGAAGUGAAGACAUGAAUGCAUGAAGUUAUGUACUUUAUAUGUGAUACAAUUCACUCAAGCAGUUAUCCUCCCGUUUCUUUGGUUAUGUUGUUGUUUCACAUAAUGCAAGAAAGUGUGCUUAUUGCACGUGACUGUACCUGUACUGUAAUUUUACAUUCUUUCAAGUGUGCAACCCAACCUAAAUCUAUGAUCACAAUGAUGAUAAUUCCAACUUUUUUCAGUGCAUGGAGCAGUGGCUGUGGAAGAAACAACGUCCCACGUGUAACGUCAAUUUGUCCAUGCCCACUGAUAUGCUAAUAUGUUGGUAGGUGUACCCAACAAACUGGGUUAUGUUUGUAUAAUAAUUCAUUUAGUAUCUCAUACAAAAUAUUAAUUCACUUGUGUUAUGUAUAUGUCAUUUAUAUUUUUGAAAAAUAAAUACCAUUGGAUUAGUAAAAA